AUGGCUGUUGUUUGGCUUCCCGAUGAGAUCGUCACCGGAAUCAUCCUCUACCGCCUUCCUAUCCGCUCGCUCCUCAAGUUCCGCUCCGUCUGCAAGCACCGCCAGUCAGUAAUCGAUGGCUCGGAGUUCGCCCACCGCUACCUCCGCCACUCAGCCGCUUCCUGGGACGUCGUCAUAUGCCUAGUCCGCGAAGGAGACAACCUCAUGUACUCAAUAUUUCACUUGAUCGACCUCCGUCUUCACGAUUCCCCGACACAUGUCACUCCUGAAUUCUAUUUCCGCCCUCUACGCCAGCCAGCAGCCGCCAACCCUGCCGUUGAGAGCUCCGUCGUCGCCAUUCCUUUCCCCUCCAUCAACCAUCUCCCUCCCCGACUGUCGCGACGACGACGAACCAACCCCUUGCUCCGCCAACGCGAAGUCGCUGCCAGUCAUCCCCUUCGCUCCGCCGCCGCGACCUCACCUCAAUUGUGCUGUUGCGGUUACCGUGGUUAA